ACUGCAGCGCGUGCGCAGGCAGCUCCAUCCAGCAAGGGAACCUUGGAUUUCUCUGGGAUUCCCGAUCUGCAGUGCAGCGCAAAGCGGAGGAACGUGUGGAAGCAGCCGCUGGGCUCGCAGCGCGCUCUAUAAGGGGAUUUAAGCCGCAGAGAGAGCGGGCGAGGCAGGGACCGAUUCACCAUUGAUCUGAAUUAAAUACUCCUCUCUCUCUCUCUGAAAAGCUGCCCUUUUGAGUUUUAUCCUUUGCAGCAGGUGACAACACACAACGCAAACUGCAGAAUGGGGAAACAGAAUAGCAAACUGGCCCCUGAAGUGAUGGAGGAUCUGGUGAAGAGCACGGAGUUUAACGAACAUGAACUCAAACAGUGGUACAAAGGAUUUCUAAAGGACUGUCCUAGUGGUAGACUGAACCUUGACGAAUUUCAGCAGCUUUAUGUAAAGUUUUUUCCAUAUGGAGAUGCUUCAAAGUUUGCCCAACAUGCCUUCAGAACCUUUGAUAAGAACAGCGAUGGAACCAUUGACUUCAGAGAGUUCAUUUGUGCAUUGUCCAUCACCUCAAGGGGUAGUUUUGAACAGAAACUAAACUGGGCCUUUAAUAUGUAUGACCUAGAUGGAGAUGGUAAAAUUACAAGAGUGGAGAUGCUGGAAAUUAUAGAGGCCAUUUACAAGAUGGUGGGUACUGUGAUAAUGAUGAAAAUGAAUGAGGAUGGUCUCACGCCAGAGCAACGAGUAGACAAGAUUUUCAGCAAGAUGGAUAAGAACAAAGAUGACCAGAUCACACUGGAUGAAUUCAAAGAAGCUGCAAAGAGUGAUCCUUCCAUUGUAUUACUCCUGCAGUGUGACAUUCAAAAAUGAGAUAAUGUAAAAUGCAUUAUGGACUGCACAGAAGUUUAGAUGUUCCAUUCAGUUUGCAGCUAUUUCCACACACACAAAAAUUGCUUGGACUACCUAUAAAUGGACUUGCUUCUUGUGUUUGAAACACUCGUGUGCAUGAGAAUGUCAUUUGCUAAAGAAUUUUAAAAGUAUAUAUUAUAAAAAUAAACUGCCACAAUGUGAUGUGUGCAAUGUCAUUUCAUAACAAUCCUAUUCCUCUGAAGCCUGUGCAGCAGUACCGUGCUGCAGUGAAAUACUAUUGAUUGUUCGUUUUACUGAUGCUAGCUAUGUGUCUCCUAGCCUGAGUAAUGUUAGUGACACUGACUUCCCAUGGUAAUGUAACUGUUGAUUAUAAACCAUGUCACCAUUCUGCUGUAAAGUAGUACUGGACAGACAGAGGCGAAAGUUCCUCAGUUCAUGAGUCUGAUCCACACAUGUGCUUGUAUUGUCAGUGAAUAUAAAUGUAAAUCAUUUGCAUGCCUUUUAGGUUUGCCUUAAUUCUUACCUCAUUUGCAUCCUUUCAAUCUGGAAAGAGCUAUGUCAGAGGAAUGCAGUAUGAACAAAGUUAAGUAAAUCCUGCUAAAAUGUUCCCUUAAUUAAAAAGUAUAUAUACACAUUUAAAAUAUUGUAUUACUGGAAGUUUUAAAAAGUUUUAUUGGAAUUAUAUUGAUUUCUGCCUGAAUUUUCAAAGCUUCCAAAGAGGUUGCAAUAUAUGUCCCAAAAUAAAUUUAUAACAUUUGACUUUCCCCCCCCUAAUUCUUAUUUCACAUCUUUAGCAUGUUGCUACUGAGAGGAAAAAAAAUAAUUCAGUCACAACAAGAAUCUGCUACUACAAUACUGGAAAAAAUACAUAUUUUGUUAUGUAAACAAACAGUGUAAAUGGAAUUGGAAGUAGAACUCAAUUCUUGUCCAAAGUGCCUUAUUUGAUGAAUUGUAAUCAAAUGCUGUGGUUCUAAUAUGUAUCUGUAGGGACAGAUUCUCAAUUCUACAUGUCAGAGAGAAAACAGCAGGUAAAAAUACAAAGGCGCUCACCCUCAAAAUUCUUCCUUAUCCAAUGGUAUUCUAGUAUCUGAUCUCCCUAAUAUGGCACUGGCAGCAAGUCCUACUUUUGCAGUAGUCACUGCUGCAGUAUAUUUCACAGAAGAAAAAGCAGCUAGAGAAUAGGACAGUGGGACUUCUCAGAGCAUUGUCAGAAGAGCUGUGAUAUGACUGUAAACUUGCAGCUCCUCUCUCCUGGUACCUCCUUCAGAAAAAUCACUGAAUAUUAGAGACUGUGUCCCGCUCACAAAAGGACUUUGAUUCCAAGCAUGUAGUACUUCUAUAUUAAAUGCCUUGGAUCUAUCACCAUUAUUGUUACUGCAUACAGUCCUGUUAAGUCUGAUAUUCAAAACAUUCAGGUCAAGAUUCUUUCUAGGUAGCUUAAAAUAAGUUCCUCAGAAGCCUUGAUUAUGGAGGAGAAAACAGACACAACUGACACCUGAGUAAGGUUCUCACUCAAAAUUAACUCUUCAGAGGGCAGCAGCAACAACAGAGUCAUUAGAGUAGAGUUUAAGAUUUAAUGGCUACAACCACUGUA